UCGCCUAUUGGCUGCGCGGGUCCCGCCCUCCCCCUGCCCCUCCCCGCCCUUGCUGGGAUGACCCCAGGGGGUGAGUGCCCGGCCAGUGUGCUCUGGAAGCGGGCUGAGGUUCUGCUCGGAUCAGGAUUCAUGGCGGCGCGGCCACUGUCCCGGAUGCUGCGGCGGCCCCUGAGGUCCAGCGCCCGGAGCUGCAGCUCAGGGGCUCCGGUGACACAACCCCGCCCCGGGGAGUCCGCGCGAGCUGCCUCGGAGGAGCUGUCCAGGCGGAGGCAGUUCCUGAGGGAGCAUGCGGCCCCCUUCUCCGCCUUCCUCACAGACACCUUCGGCCGGCAGCACAGCUACCUGCGGAUCUCACUCACGGAGAAGUGCAACCUCAGAUGUCAGUAUUGCAUGCCCGAGGAGGGCGUCCCGCUGACCCCCAAAGCCAACCUGCUGACCACAGAGGAGAUCCUGACCCUCGCCCGGCUCUUUGUGAAGGAAGGCGUCGACAAGAUCCGGCUCACAGGCGGAGAGCCGCUCAUCCGGCCAGACGUGGUGGACAUUGUGGCCCAGCUCCAGCGGCUGGAAGGGCUGAGGACCAUAGGUGUUACCACCAACGGCAUCAACCUGGCCCGGCUGCUGCCCCAGCUUCAGAAGGCUGGUCUCAGUGCCAUCAACAUCAGCCUGGACACCCUGGUGCCUGCCAAGUUUGAGUUCAUCGUCCGCAGGAAAGGCUUCCACAAGGUCAUGGAGGGCAUCCACAAGGCCAUCGAGCUGGGCUACAACCCUGUGAAGGUGAACUGUGUGGUGAUGCGAGGCCUUAACGAGGAUGAACUCCUGGACUUUGCGGCCUUGACCGAGGGCCUCCCCCUGGACGUGCGCUUCAUAGAGUACAUGCCCUUUGAUGGCAACAAGUGGAACUUCAAGAAGAUGGUCAGCUAUAAGGAGAUGCUAGACACUGUCCGGCAGCAGUGGCCAGAGCUGGAGAAGCUGCCAGAGGAGGAAUCCAGCACAGCCAAGGCCUUUAAAAUCCCUGGCUUCCAAGGCCAGAUCAGCUUCAUCACAUCCAUGUCUGAGCAUUUCUGUGGGACCUGCAACCGCCUGCGAAUCACAGCUGAUGGGAACCUCAAGGUCUGCCUCUUUGGAAACUCUGAGGUAUCCCUGCGGGAUCACCUGCGAGCUGGGGCCUCCGAGCAGGAGCUGCUGAGAAUCAUUGGGGCUGCCGUGGGCAGGAAGAAGCGGCAGCAUGCAGGCAUGUUCAGUAUUUCCCAGAUGAAGAACCGGCCCAUGAUCCUCAUCGGUGGGUGACCCAUCAAGUUAUUUUUGAUGUUCCAUGAUUCCCCACCAGGCAAUCCAAGCAUUUCCUCCUGGGACCCCCUCCAUGUUCAGGGUCUAAGACCCAGAAUGAGUUUCUCCAGCCAGAUGGCCACUUUAUGGAAAGGAUACAGGGUCCCCCAGACCCCUCCUCUAGCUCAGCAGCAGCUGGGGUCUGGCUCCUUUCAGAGACACUACACUUCCCAUGCAGACUCAGAUGCCAACUCAAAGUGCCUUAGCCCAGGUUCCUGGGCUCCUGCUGCCCCCUCAGGACCCCAGCUAACCUCAGAACAACUAACUCAUGUGAACUCGGAAGGACGGGCAGCUAUGGUAGAUGUGGGCAGGAAGCCAGACACAGAGCGGGUGGCUGUGGCUUCAGCCGUGGUCCUCCUGGGACCCGUAGCCUUCAAGCUUGUCCAGCAGAACCAGCUCAAGAAAGGAGAUGCCCUGGUGGUGGCCCAGCUGGCUGGAGUCCAGGCAGCCAAGGUGACCAGCCAGCUGAUCCCUCUGUGCCACCACGUGGCCCUGAGCCACGUCCAGGUGCAGCUGGAGCUGGACAGCACGCACCAUGCCGUGAAGAUCCAAGCAUCUUGCCGGGCUCGGGGCCCCACCGGGGUGGAGAUGGAGGCCCUGACCUCUGCUGCAGUGGCCGCCCUCACCCUGUAUGACAUGUGCAAGGCUGUCAGCAGGGACAUCGUGUUGGAGGAGAUCAAGCUCAUUAGCAAGACUGGCGGUCAGCGGGGGGACUUCCAUCGGGCUUAGCACCUGCCCUUCUCACCCAUGGCCCACCCAGGCCUGGAGCUGGGAUGCAAUGUAGGCUGAGGGAAAGACGUCAGGUUCCUUUAAUCACAGUCACUGUUUACCUUGAGCAGUAAACCCGAAGUCAGCCUGCUCUACUACUAACAAGCCUGCUGCUAGAUGAUCUCUAAUGACCAAUGGGGCUUCCUUUCAUAGGGAGGAUACCAGCAGGCCCUUAAGCCUUCCAGGACACUAAGGUCAUGGGAGCGGGACUGCAACAAGCAAUGCCAGAUAACUGAGAAAUCAUGUUCUUUGUGGACUAUUUCAGACAACCAGGUUCUGACAGUCCAGCCUGGAACUUUUCCUUCUCAUUUUGGGUUUUCUCUUCUCCUACUUUCCUGGGGAGAGAUUAAGGGCUCAUUAAGCAGAGGAGCCCACUUUGAGGAGAGCAAAGCACAAGCUUGCCUGAAGAAUGGAUCCCAACUUCUCCCCAGCAGCUCUGCCUCCCUAAGUAAGUCUGUGAAGCCACAGCCCUGCCCUGUCCUGACUUCAUCUCUCCUUCUGCCCAAGUCUGUGUCCCAUCAGACUUGCAGCCUUUCAGCUUAACAGUUGCCCGGUCCUGCCAGCCCCUUUUCUUCAGGCCCCCCUCCUCCGAAACAGGAUGUGCACACGUGGGCCAUAGCCCUAAGGACUCCUGCCGGACCACACGGCCCACAUCUGGCCCUGUUCACGGCUGUUCCACCCACCCCUCUUUAUUCUGGAGCAUAUUCGGGAAAGAAGAGUUGAUGAUAGAUUGCCUUCGCCCUCACAGCGCACAAAUAAAGCCACGAUGCCAACUUUGCAGAUGCAAGAAUGAAGACACUGUGGGUAGGGCACUGGGCUGCUGCAGUUUCAUAGGGAAGGCUGCACCUAUCAACCCUAUCCCAAGACACAUUCCCCUGAGGGAAGAAGAGGAGGGACCUGGAAAGGCCUAAGGGCAUAUUCUCUGUAUAGCCCCACUAUGGGAGAAGAAAGUGGAGUAGGGGGUAUAGAAAUGCACCAUCUGAGGGAAAUUUUUUGUCAGGUGGUGGCCAGGGGUGUUCAAAGCUGAUUGCUUGCAUCACCAGCUAUUAGAGAUCAGAGAGGGCAAUUAGAGGCUCCUGGCUCUCACAUCCCACACACACACACAGUUCUGGCCUGCUGGGCUCUCUAACUUGGAUGUCUUUGAGUCCUCUAGUGCCCCCUGCCUGCCUCCCCUCUGCCCUAUGCCAAGGUGUGCUGGCAAAUAUUUAACAACCAACUCUCUGGAAAAGAAUUUCUGUGAUACAAAUACUCCCAUGUUGAAUAAUUUCAAGCUACCAGUAUGUCAAAUGGCUUGCAAAAUUCCUGAAAAUGUAAACAAUUGGUUCUCACAGAGCUGGUACAAGCUGGCUCCAGCACACCACUCUCAGCCCACCCCAGAUCCCCUCAUAGGAAGAAGGCACAAGUUUUUAAAGGCAGAGUGGGUAGGGAUGGUAUGAAUUUAAUAUUUUUUAGUAUUACAAUAUAUUCUUAUAAAAAAGGUGCAAGUGAAAAAGGACACUGUAGAUUUUGUCCAUUAGCCUCAUUUGUCAUCUGAGGCAGCUGGUGAGAACAGCCUUGGUGUGAAGGCAUCCCUGGUAGUGGUCAGGGGAGAUAGUCACAGCUCCCCAGUUGGUGGAAAUGGGAUGGGAGUAGGGAGAGGCUGGACCAGACCCUUCCCUAUUCACCUGGAGAAUUUUCUCCCACUGCCCUAAACACUUUAUUUCCAUCGCAGGGGAGAAAGGCUGCUGAGAAGGUUGUGUUAGGUUGACGAUGAAUUUUACAUUGGCCACAAAAUUAGCUGGAGAAACUUAUCUAAAGGUGGCAGAAGUGGUAGGGAGGGCAUGAAAAAAGCAAGACCAAGAAACAUUGAGGCUAAAACAUAUUAAGGACCAGCUCAGCUACCCCGACUGGGCACCAGCCCCUUCUUACUCAGUUGAGUAUGAGUCCAUGGUCCAAGGCACUGUUGGAGAUCUGGCUACAGUGGCAUCUAGCACCAGAGCCACUGGCCAGAUCUAGAAAAUAAAUAGAAAAAUACCUUU